AUGGUCGAUCGGCUUGAGAAAAUGCGACGACGAGCAACUGGCAACGGAGUUACUCAUUGUCUGCUGUGCCAUACUGAAUUCGGCCUUCUGGCAUCGAAAAGCUAUGCGGCUAUGUGUGUCGACUGCAGAAAGUACGUGUGUCAACGGAAUUGUGGUGUGGAGACGUUGGAUACUCAACGUGGUGAAGUGAUCUUUCUAUGCAAAAUCUGUUCGGAAGCACGAGAGGUGGUUAGUUGUCGGGUGGUCAGCUGCUUUUCCUGUGCAAUUUCGCUAUUUUGUCCAUUCAACCCACUUCUACACCUGUUCUGA